AUGCAGGCCUUAGAGUCAAAGGCUACAACACCUACAAUUGGACAUGAGUUCACCCUACAAGGAACAAACAUCUAUAUUGUAGGGACAGGCUCCCACCGACUGAUCAUCGACACGGCUCAGAGGAUCCCAGAAUGGGCGGAUAUCAUUGCAUCGACCUUGAUCGAUAACUCCAUCUCUCUGUCCCAUGUUUUCCUCACACACUGGCACGUUGACCAUGCGGGUGGUGUUCCCGACCUCCAUCGCCUUUACCCAGAGCUGCCGCAGUCUACAUACAAGAACACGCCUGGACGAAACCAACAACCUAUUGAAGACGGCCAGCGAUUCAGAGUAGAAGGCGCCACUAUCCGAGUGGUUCAUGCGCAAGGACACUCUCAUGAUCAUGUGUGCUUUGUACUCGAAGAGGAAAAUGCCAUGUUCACGGGAGACAAUAUUCUGGGCCAUGGGAGCAGUGCCGUAGAGGAACUCGGCGUGUACAUGGCAUCCUUGAACAAAUUGCAGGCCCAGAGAUGUACCACUGGCUACCCCGCUCAUGGUAUUGUCAUCACCGAUCUCCCGGGCAAGAUUACAGUGGGGCUGGCGCAGAAGAAAAGACGGGACGCCCAGGUCUUACAGACGCUGACCGAAAUCCGACGAGAAUACGGACGAAAGACGGCCAGUGUGACGGUUAAAGGGCUUGUCACUACCAUGUACGGGGAGGGUAUUGCCGAUGAGGUAAAGCAGCAGGCACUGGAGCCAUUCAUGGAUGAAGUUCUGAGAAACUUGGCCGAGGAUGGCCGGGUAGCUUUUGAGUUUCGAGGCGGCGAGAAGCAAUGGUUUGCGCUUGGUAUUUAG